AGCCAUUUUCAAAAGUCAGUUUGACUAAAAGGUUUAAAGCCCUUGUGUCUUCGAGUGGCUCCUCCACAGACCACCAUGUAAUUGACACAUGCAGUGAGGAUGUCAGUCUGCCCACCAGGAGUAUGUCAGUUGUGAGCGACACCAGUUUGAAGAGAGCCUCUCCUCUCCAUGGUUGUGGAUUGAGUGAAAGUUGUGAACCUCUUGUGGCUCUACAAGACGGAACAGUGGCAUUCAGCCAAGAAGGCUUUAGCAAAACUGCAAAGAAGACACUCAGCUUGAUCCUAAAUGUGAUCAAGUGCAGAUUGGCCAACUCUGAGAGUUCAUCUGUUGGGCAGAAUGCAAGUGAGGAGUGUCUGAUAGCCACUAACAUGUUAGACUCUCUACUGGAGAGCCUUGACCUGUUGCCUGACAUGAGCGCUGCCGAUGAGAUCACAAGGACAGAAUGCCAUACCUCUAACGCAAUGGACAAGACAGGUUCACAGUCAGCGCUUGUGAGCCAACAAGAAAUGAACAUAUCUGACACCGGUAUCAUAGUGAAAACUAUAAUGGACACAUUGAAGACAGACGACCCAGAGAUGACUUCAGCAGAAGAAAAUCUGGAUAGGCUUCUGUCAAUUGAAGCCCUUCAAGAUGCGUCUGGCAACCUGAUCGCAAAGGUCCAUGGUCUCAUUCAGGAGAUAACCAUAAGACGCCAGCUUCAAUCCAUGACUGGCCACAGAAGCCUCUCUCAACCAGCGCUGCCAAAGCCAGCACUGAGGAAGCUGUCAAAGGACGAUGCGUCAGAGCUCGUUUACAGCUUUGCCCACACUUCUGUUAGCAGACUCCUGGGGCAGUGUUUGGGUAGGCCUAUGCCACCCACUGCUGACAGGGUUUUGGAUCAGGUCAUCAAGUUGAUGACAGACAUGGUGAUGGACAGUCUGACUGAUCUGUCCAAGUCUGCAAUGGAGGGUGACACCAGCAAUGCCGCAAGUGACAUCACUCAUGGCGUUGUGGCUGACCUUAAUGCUACUGAGGAAUUCCCCGCCAGGGGCCUUAGCCCGGCUGAUGUAAAGGCUGACGGCAUGGCCCGCCUUCCCUCUGCCAGAGGGGAAGAGACUAAGAAGAACAGGAAGUGGCGCUUCCUACCCAAAAUUGGCAAGAUUCCAAAGAUCAGGAUGAAGCUGUUCAAGACAAAAGGGGAACCGAAGAGCCACCCUGAACAGGAUGCGCUGCCUACCAAACGUCUCAGAGAGACUCGUAUUUCACAGAAUGCUGAGUGUGAGGUUCCAGAGGUUCCAUCCACUUCCCCACCCAAGGAGGACCUGACAACCACACUGGCCCCUGCUCCCCAGGAGUCCCAGUCCCGUAAACGCCCUCUCAUAGUCAGGGUGUUACGAGCUAUCUCCAGAGCCGUCUCCAAACCAUUCAGAGGAGCUUUUGGGAAGAAGAAUUAGCCAAAUGCCUGAUUUUAUUACUAUUUUAAUCAGAGCCUUUAUUUAAUAAAACAUUACUGCAUUGA